GUGUCGUGUCUUUCAGUUACUCACGAUCCUGCCGCGGUGGUGCAUCCACCGGUCCGGCGAGUGCGUACCAGCUACCGAAAACGAUGCAACUGUGUCACUAGGCCGAGUGGCACGUGAUCCUGUCCUUGCACGGUGCUGCUGCCUCUUCUUGCAUCCGCGACGACGUUCCGCGAUCCCAUCGGCAAACCCGAUCUUCCGUGCACCGAACGAUCCGGAACAGUGCGCGAACGAUCACCCCCCGAGCGAUAUUAAUCUCGCCGAAUUUCAACCCCUAGCACUCCUCCACAUUGUAGCACGGCCGACGCGAGCCCGAAGAGGGCCGGAUCGCCGAAGCGCGCGUGCUGCAACGCAAAAACACCGGCCGAUGUCGUUCAGAAGCGAACGACUGUGCAUUCAUUAUCGCCAGAGUGAAACACGUGGCGCUGGGAACUUGUAAUUGAUUAAUCAUUUUCAUCCGAUCUUAUGAUAUUCACACUGGAAAUAUGGAUAAACGACGAUCCGUCGAUGCGAACCUACAGGAACUGGCUUUGCCCAUUCCAGUUCAGAUGUUCCUUUGGCAACAGCUGAGGCCAUUUAUACGUUCGAAAUUAGGCAAGCUACACGAGGCAUUGUGCACGUUCUGUCAACACGCGCCAGGCCAUCAUGAGACGAAGGAAGCUUGCACGUCUCUCGAGAAGGUGUUGGUUCAGAAUCUCCGCAAUGAUCUGACACCUAGCUUGAACCGGAUAUUGGGCAACGUGCCACGGUGGCAUUUGAUCCAAGCCGCUCUUCCCUACGUUCUCCAUGCCACGGCCAAUCACCUGCACAAUAGGAAGGACUUUCAAACACUCGGUGCUAUGGAAACGACGCUUCUUUACAUUCUCCAUUGGAUACUCCUCGACGCUGCUGAAGAAUGCGCGGAAACCGAGGCCGACUCCGGAAGUCCAUUUUACUACUUGUUUUCUAUACCCACCAUGACCCUGUUCGUCUACCUCUUCGCUCCCUUGUGCAAUCAUCUAAAAGAUAUCGACUUCAAAACAAACUUGCGGUUAGAGAACGGCUUAAAAAUAUGGGCAUCGUUGUGCGAAUGUCGGCAUCCAGAUACACCUUGCUUUACCGCUCACUGUAGGAUUAAGCCCCAAGCUUUAUGGAAUCGCUCUUUCAAGUCUUCUAAGCAACACCAGAUAUCCGACGAUGUAUUCGUCGGAGGGAACAUCGAAAGCCCACCCAGCCAGUCAGUCAGUGCUUUUUCGGACCAAAGUAUCGAUAAACAAUCGAAACAGCAAGACGAUGAUAAUACUUGGGUAUCGUCACCAAAGGAUACUAUAUUUCCUGAGACUAUUCCCGAGGAAAGUUCUGGUGCAGAAGAUGAGCACGUAGUUAUCUUCAGAUUACCAUCACUCAGCGAAUCAGAAAAAGCGCUCGAUGGGGGCCAAGGCAGUAUAUUUCACGUAGCUGUGGGUCGAACGGACGAUUUUUCCAAAUCAACGUUGACGAUUGAACAAGUCACAGCAAUUUCGGGACUGGAUAAACCAUAUCAGGAUAAGACUUUGACUAUUGGUCGAGUAGCAGAGAAGGAAAGAGCAGACAAAUACCAUAAAAUGGAGAAAGAAUCGCAGGAUACUUCGAAAACGAAAACGUCAGGGUCUCAAAAAGUUGGACCUAGCGAAUCCAGCACCCCAGGACCCAUAAACAGCAUUGCCAUUGACAUGGAUGUUCGUGCUGCUACUUUUCUUGACGUAGCUGUUCUUAGGUGCCUUUUCGUUCCCCAGUGGCAGGAGGAAGGAGUUCAUUGGGCUCUACAAUUUUUAUAUCAUCGAUUACGUAUGAUCAACGAAGAAACAUCGGUGCAACAAAUGCCACGUCGCCGCAGCAAUUCCUUACCCAUUCCAAAAAUUGAGGUAUCGAUUUAUCAAAGUCCAGAAAGUAAAAAGAAGGACGUAGCGAAGGAACUUAUAGAAGUGCCGGAGGUUCGAGAGGUGACUUUAUUAACUGGACACGAUGGCGAGCCAAAUCACACGAGACGAGGCAGUGAAAAGAAGAAGAGAAUGAAAAUGGCUGAUCUAAAGGCGUUUGUCGAAACGAAAUUGUUGUCGAAAUCAGAAAAGGCACUUGAGAAAAUUGGCCAGGAGGAACCGAAAAUGCUGUUCGAACAGGAUACCCAUAGAAGUCUUGAUACAGGGGAUGAUCAUUUAACGAGACCCACAUCGACAGCUUCGAAAAUCUUCGAAGCGAAGGAUGUUGAUCACAUUAAACACCCUACGAAUUUAAUAAAAGGAAAGAGCAUGCCAAGUUUAAGCUGCUUGAUUAACGAGCUGACCGCGGGAGGGUACAUCGGCGAUACUCGUAUUGAGAGGAAGCAAAGUCGAUUUUAUAGUCAAUCAUACACCGCCCCGAAUCCUAUCAUCACCGUCACGGAACACACACCCACUCCAUCCCCGGAUUAUAUGAAGCGACAGGCUUCGAUCGACAGUCAAUUAGACGUUAUCAGUAUGCGCGGUAGUCGUUUAGAUUCUGAAAGGAAACCUAGCCUUACACGAUCGCAGACAGACUCUAAUAUCACUUAUGGCAGCGACGAGUUUCCGGAAGCGCCAGGGUCUUCCUGUUACAUUACUAAGGAAGGCGAUAUUGAUCUACAAGUCGUUCUGAAGGCUGUCCGUUCAGUUGCUAUGAGGGAUAGCAAUUGCUGUACUUUGCGGGUAUGCGAGAACAUCUUAAAUUUGGUGGAACUUUUAAUGGAUAUGGGAGUCAUGAAACAAUGUCUUCGUGAAGAAAUGGCUGGAAGUAUAGCGGAAUCAGCGACAGUGCUCGAAAAGUCAGAAAGCGGAAAGAAAAAGGAGCCGUCGGAAAACGAGCAAGAGUAUCGAAACAAUGGGACAAGCAAAACGAAAUCGUUGUCGCACAGUCUUCUUAUGAGUUGCGUGAUCAGAGUAGUGAAACACUUAGGCUGUCCGCACACCUGUGUCGAAGGAAUACGCGGCCCCCAUGCGGAUUUCUGUCGUUCGCAGGCUCAAUCGAUUCUCGGCAAACUGCAUCGGGCCAGUUCGAAGCAGUUUUCGCGAUUCCUGAGAGCAAUGGUGCGGGAUCUACCGAUACCGGAAAUUUUGGAAUUCUUCCACGCAUUUACUGGAUUCUGCGUGGAUCCAUGUUCGUUUCUAUCGCCACUCAAUCAAAAACGGGGUUCGAGCAAGUCGCCGGAAGUUGCCUCGCAAACUGGAUACUUAGCCAGCUAUGGGGUUAAUUUGAUGGGAACCGGAAUGUUCGCGAAUACGACCAUAAGCGGCCAAGGAACUAUGACCACUGGGACUUCAACGAACAUUGCCGCUUCCUAUAGUCUUGGGGGGCAUAGUACGCGUGUGAUAGAAGGUCACAUUUUCAAUUGCGUUUUCAAGCCUUUGGUGUCGCGUUUCGUUAAAUCGCUGAAGGAGUUGAAGAGUCAAGACAACAUCGGUUUAUAUUGCGAUCUCCGGCAAUUCAUGGCUUACGUCAAGGAAGUUCAUUGCGGCACAUUCCGUCGCGUCAUCCUGAGCGGAAUCAUUGACGCCGCGGAUCGACCUAACAAAGAAUGUAACAGUAACCUUCAGACAACUCGUGUUAUCAGUGCACGUAACCAAAGGUGGGUUCGUUACAAAGAGGAUUAUAAUUAUUUUAGGCAUAUUCACCAAUCAGAUUUCGAUGAACACGGUGACAUUGGUGACGAUACUUGUUACGCUGUAGACGACAGAGGAACUCGAAAAUUUCUUUUCAAGAAAAGGAGCACAUCUUCGACAUGCGCGAGUCUUCUAGAAACAGAACUGAGUGAAGAGAACGCAAAAGUCAGUCAGAGUCCUUUAGUGAAUUUAAGGAAAAAGCAUUACAUACUUACUCCGAGACAAAGCGAACGGAAUUUGGGAAUAGAGUCUUUAAGCUCUGGAAAAGGUCGGCUUAAAUCGACUCGAUUUCAGAUUGGUGGUAUGGUUAAUUGCUUUCGAAAGGAAAACGGUAGGACUGACUCCACUGACAGUCACGAAAGCAGUGAAUCGCCAACAGACGGCAGUUUUGUCAGACAGUCCAGUUUUCAUUAUGGUCACUAUCGUAGCUCAUCUGGCUCGGGUCAUAGUGUCGGUUUAACAUUCCAAAAAGCGAUACGUCGAAUGAAAAAUCCUCUGACGAAAAUCGGCUUUAGAAAAAGCAAGAAGAAAGAAAGCUUGGAAGAGGCACCUGGAAGCUAUUUCAGUAGAAGAAAUUCUUUGGAAUCGGGCGAAGCUUCGAGGGAGUCUGAAUUCGUAAUCUUGAAAGAAAGGAGACUUGUACCUCGGAAUGCUGUCUACGAUGGAAUGCAAAGAUUUUCAUUCCUACUAGAGACUUGCCAACCGGGUUCGGUUCCCGAUCACUAUCUAAUGGCGGCCAUUUUAGAUCUUCCAUACGCACCGGUAGUGGCGCGUGCAAGUUUACUGUUAGAGUGUGCACAUUUUGUUCACCUUUGCAAUAAAGGACAAUGGCCAACAUGGAUGAAAUCAAAUUUCCCUGUGUUUCGUCCGUCGGUGCCAAUCAGUAGCCAAAAUACGUCCACGGUGCUAACCAGAAUUCACGUAACCCAGCGUACUGCUGGAAAAUUAUUUUAUCAAUGGGCAGAGGCCAUUGGCACACGUUUAGAAGAACUGUUGGUAGAGGAUAAGCAGAAUAUGGAUCAAAUAGCAGCAAUGGUUUCCGACGAAAGUAAGCAGAGAGAUUUAAUUAUUGAAGACGAAGAAGAGGAUUUCCUUGAUGAAGCCAGUAUAAACGGUUACGGAUCUCAGUGCCCCGUCGCGCUACGUCUCGUUGCCUGCAUUCUACUUUUGGAAGUGACAGCAUUUUUAAGGGAAACCUAUCAAACUUUGCCAAAGCUUAAUGAACUUUUAACAAAAGAACAUCCGCCGCCCAGAGAAACGAUUCGACGCUGGAGCAUGGCACUCUCAUCGAUGGGUCAUUCCCAAACGUCAGCUCAAAGCCUUCAAUCAAUCGUAGCAGAACGCAAAAUUAGUUUUGUUGUUUGCGAACCUGAUAACCAAUCAGAAGGUAGUAGCAAAUCGACUGUUACAAUUCAAGGGGAGGAUUUCCAGAAUGCGGAAAAGGAGAAGGCAAAGCGGGUACAACCACCGCAAGUUCGGCCGUAUCUACUUCGGCGCGAUACCACGGAUAAUACGACCGGUUCGUUUAAGAAAAGAAGUUUGAAACUUCGUCGCGACACCAAGGAAGGCAAAGACACCGAGUGCGAAGCCUACAGAUUAAGAAGCUGUCUUAUAGCUGUUGCAGUGAAACGAGCCGAUUCUAUCCAAUCGAAGAGGAAAGUGAGCUCGUUUUCAGACAGGAGUGACACAUCCGAGCCUGGGUUUUGCGGUGAAAUUAGUGGCGAAGAAUCUCCGGGUAUACUGAUCGACGAUCAACCUCCGGAGAGUCCGAGCGACAGUAACGAAACCGAUGAGACCAAUAAAAAUUUCCCGUGGAUGAAAGUGCUGGUGCAGUUCUCCAACUCCCUGAACUUCUACUGCACGCAUCAGAACUAUUGCCAUCCGUAUUGCCAUCGGCGUCAGAUGCGAGCCAGCAGUAGGCUAAUCAAGUCCGUUAGAAAAAUUUACGGUGAGAAGUUUGGAAUUCUAAAUGGUACAGGGAUCUUUGACUUCGACGCGGAAAAGAAGGAGGCUAGUAAGAAGGACAAGCGCAGCCGGAAAGUAUCCGAGCAGACCAGCACACAAGUAUCACCUGUACGAAGGAAGGAUAGCGUCGGAAAAAAAUACAAAAUUGAUAAAAACAUAGAUGGAUCCCAAUCCGGUCGAUUAACGCAACGAGACUCGUCGAAGGAUUUAGCGGACCAAGAUUCCGAGAAGGGCAAAGAAUGUCUGAAACAAUCACAGAAAGAAGAAUCGGAGAAGGAAAGUCCGGCGAUCUUGAAGUACAUCAAGGCUCAAGUGAAAGACGUGUUCCAUGCGCCGUUGGCCACGUUGGUAAAAGGAGCGGUGGUGAUGACAGAGGAAUUGUUCGUGGACGUUCUGCCGGUCGCCUGGGAGCUUCUGUUAGAAUCGAACCAAGAAGUCGCGGCAUCGGCUGCGUCUUUGUUCAUAGUCGCAGCCGUGCGUGCGCCGAACCAAGCGAGCGAGCUGAUGCACCACGGUCUGCAGCACAGUAUAGCGAGCAUGCGAAUAAACGCGAUACUGCGGUUCCAAGUUCUGUGGAAGCUACGGUAUCAAGUAUGGCCGCGGAUGGAAGAGAACGCUCACAAUACCUUCAAGGUACCACCGCCGGGGAUCGAGUUCACUUUGCCUUCUCCGAAAAUCGGUAUUGAGUCUUUGCCCGUCGUCGAUCCACCUUGGAUGCCGCAGGUCAAGACGAAGGUCGAAGAAGUUACGAUCAAUCAGGAACACCAUAGGUCUCUGGUGACGGCAACGAAAACUCGUAAGAAGCAGCAAACUGAACUCAUAAAAAAGGCUUUACAGGCGCAAGACGAUAAGAAACGCGAAGAGAGGGAGAACUUUUUGAUCACAACUAUACCCAUUACCGUGCAAGCGGCGUACGAACCUAGUCCUGUUGGAGAUGACCACGACGAAGGGAACGUCGGUGACGAAGACGGAGGUGAAACAAUAGCGCGGAACACAUCUCACCACAGUCAGUCUGCACCCUCGUUGUUCCCCUCUUCGUUAUGUUCGGCGAUCGUCCAAAUUAUUCACCUACUUGAUGAUGCUGCUGUUUCUGACGACGGAAGCGCUGUUUACGAAGUCGCCUACCAAGUAAUCUGGAACUGUUUGGUGGAAGACAGCGCUCUGUUUCUCCGCUACGUUUUGGAGCGGCUCACGAGAGAAAAGCAGGAACUUAUGUUUAAAAUCUUAAGGCACCUAAUUCGGUUUGUACCGAAGUUGCCGCAACAAGCUGCCUUUGCCUUGUACAAUUACAUUAUUGGAUACGUCAUGUUCUAUGUGCGUUCACCGCACGAAGAAGGUCAAAAAUUAAUUGGGACAGCAUUAUCCAUAUUAUGGAUGGUAGUCCACAGUGUACACGGAAUAAUGUUCAAAGAUCUGAAACAAAUAUUACGAAAAGAACAGUGCGACGCCUCGAUUUUGUUAACUGCGAACGUUCCAUCUGCGAAGAAGAUCGUUGUCCACGGUCCUCAAGAUCCGGAUGCGGGAGGAAUUCCUACGCAAUUCCCAGUGCAAGAAGACACACAGUUUUGCCAGAUACUUCGGGAAUCGUUAAGCUUUUUCGGUAUCGAAGAAGGGAAACAACGCGAGUACUUCCUCGUCGACUAUAAAACACACCAAAUUCGCAAUCCGUCAUCGUACGUUCGGGAUUACUAUUUCUUCAAAGGAAGAUCUCAAUUUUCUGAAAUCGAAAUAGUUCACAUGAAACCGGAGGACGCGUUCAACGCUUUGCAACGUCAGGAACUGGUGCACAAAUUUGUUGAAAUUGGGAAAGUACUGCUAACUUGGGCGAUUUUAAAGAACGUCGACAUGGUGGUGCAAAGGGUUGUCUUUCUUCACGAAGAAUUAAUGAAGCUGCCUUCAUUUCCGAGGCGGGCUUUGGAAGCAGACUUGGACUUGUACAAAGGUGGCGAAAUUGGCAGGGAACUUCUCGGCCUGGACGUAAUGCACAAAUUUAUGUGGGUCAAAUUAAUUGCAAGAAUGUUUGAGGCGAUGGCUGGCAACUUCGCUUAUUCGGGGGACAUCCAUUUGUUCCUGAACGUUCUGAACGGCGCGAUAAUUCUUCACAGCGAGGACUCUUGCAUUUUGCGUUACGUUGUCGCGACAUACAUAAACGCAGCUCACAAUUUUAAGAAUAUAUUCUCAACCAAUGGAUACUUGCUGAUUAUACCUACGUUACUGCAACUGUAUUCGACUCAUCAGACGAACAAACUAGUGACGACUACCGUGGAAUACGCUGUCAAACAAUUCUAUCUUAUGAAUCGGAAGCCCUUCAUCCUACAAAUGUUCGGAAGCGUUUCGACGAUAUUAGAUACCGAUGAAACUAGUGUCCAUGGGGAAGCGCACAAGGUUCCUGCCACGUGUUUAUUUAAUUUGCUACUAAGUUUGGAGACCCCGUCGCCAGACCCUUUGAACAUAGACGAAUUGGUUAAGGAAGAAAAGCCUCUGAAAGCAAUUGAUUUUUGUUAUCACGAUGAAAACGAGAUGGUCAAUGUUUUAGACUGCAUAUCCCUUUGUGUGAUGGUGAUAGCGUACGCGCCUGAUUCUGUUAGAGGACAGCAAAUGUUGAUUACAUUGGAAGCGAUACUACCAUGUUACGUUCAGCAAAUCCAAUCUCCGACUUACAACAGAGAUGGAAGAACCGAGAAAGAAAUAAUAGAUCAGUUAGCCAUAGCUGUUAAAACUUUGGUUAAUAACUCCGAGGCACUUACGAAGUAUUAUAACGGCCCACAAAAAUCAAGUCCCGAACAUAAAGGAUCUAGCCAGAGAAAUUAUGGCAAGGUUCCAUAUUCGCCUGGUUUUGACUUCGAAGACGAAACGCACAGUACAAAGUACAUGGAGCACACCAAAAUGAGAAACAUUUAUGACCGAGAUAACGAGGACGCAGAGAAUUGCCAUAAAAAUGAAUUUCGUCGACCACGCGAUACACUUUUAAACAUGGUUGGUGACUUUGUAUCUCGGUGUUCGGCUCGUUUGGUAGAAUUAAACAAAAAGUCUCAAGACGGAAAGGUGAUCGAGUUAUUGGACACGAAAUGUCAUAUACGAUUAGCAGAGAUCGCGUAUACCCUAUUGAAAAUAUCCCCGUACGACCCCGUGACAAUGGGAUGUCGCGGUUUAAGAAGAUACAUGAACGAUAUUCUACCAUCAACCGAAUGGUCUAACGAUGAUAUGAGGCCUGCGCUAACUUUGAUUUUAAAAAGGCUCGACAAAACUUUUAGCAAAAUCCAUAAAAAAGCCUCCAUCAGAAGGAAUACAGAUUGGACUGCUGCGAGCGAUCUAUUGAAAGGAGUUUACGAAACGCUGGCCAAGUGUCCCUACAUUGUACAUUUUCAAUUUUGGAAAGCACUACUGAGUACCUGCCAGUCCUUGAUUAAUGGAGACGUGCCUGUGGAAGAUUUAACUUCGGCUUCUGCAGCUACUUUAAUGAACAAACUACCACCGGCACACUUUUGCUCGACGGUGCUUCGAUUGAUAGCGCUUCAUGUUAUAUCCCUUGGUGAAGGGUACACCCUUGAAAAUGUAUGCGGCGGUCACUCUAUGUUUGCUACUCAAACUCGAACGGAGAAUACACUACUUAACUUAUUAAUACCACUGUUCCUACGCGUCGGAACUGGAAGAAAAGAUGUACAAAAACUAAGGCAAUCGGACAUAAAUUUUGCUUUGACCGCAGUGUUGAACACACUGUGGCCCCCGACUACGAAGUCAGUGCCAGUAACCAGCCAAAAUCUAAAGACCACGACAGAUAUGAGAGCGGGUAGUGUAACAUUUGUAGCACGAGAUUCAAAGACUUUAACGAAAACGUCGUUGACGUUGUAUCAAGUGGCCUUCUUAGCUUUGAAAAUUAUGACUAUAUGCUUCGAGACGGAAUUGAAGACGGAAUGGCCGAGGAUAUUACGCACAAUGCGUUUGUUAAAUAAGCGGAACGAAGCCUCCACUUAUCUUUGGAAUUUUAUAGAAUUUGUAGUAACUCAUCGGACCGCUUUAUACAUUCAAAUGCUUCCAUUCACCGUGCACAAAAUCGGCCAGGCACCGAUUUCGGAACACGAGAGAAACAUGCAGAGCACAAUACGUGCAAAAAUUAACGGAGAUACUAAUACGGUACCGAAAUCUCGUAGUACUCUCUUGACUGAUCUUAUUCACGAAUUGAAGGAUCUCAAGGAAGUAAUAGAAGAGCGUAGAUUCGAAGAAAUUCAACCAGAACCAAAGAGAAGCCUGGCAGACAUGCAUUCGAACGAAGGACAGCCUCGCACUCAAAGACCAUCAUUGCUGAUCGAUCUUCUGACCGGUGACCAUGGAUCUAGGGUUCAUACGAAUCGUACGCCUGCGGAAACACCGAUCUCUCACUCCACGGCUCCACAAUCUGCAUCGCAUUCAACCCAUCAAUCGAAUUCAAGUAGCACCAUCAAAGUGAUGCAAGCAAGCCAAGUAUCUGCACCACCCAAUGGUAUACACACUGCACGCGGAUCAAUUUCUAGUACGAGUGUGGGGUCAUCCACUCUUCGCGAAGCUAGUGACGUUGGAACCACCGAACAACACGUGGAACAUCUGCCACCAACAGAUAAAUCCCAACCACCUUCUACUAGCGAUGAACGUAACCAUGUUAAGCCUCAUCCUAUAUUAACUCAUCAAAAGGCGCCAAAACUGCGCUUUCUCUCUUCUGUAGAAUUUAGGCAUUCAUCAGGAGAAACAAUGACGAGUCAGCUCAGUCCGACAAGCCCAAACGAAGACAGCUCAGGCGAAUGCCGUCCAGACAAGCCUCGCUUGCAACGAUGUAUGGGUCAAAGUAAAAAGACUUUCCGAUUGAGAAAGAGUCGAAGAACUCAUAUGGAGGUGCCGCAACUGACUCAAGAACAAAGCGACGGGACAUCAAUCGCGCAGCCGACGACUCAACCCUUGGUUUUAACACCGCCGACGACAACAAUAGAAACUUCUACUUUCAACAUCCCUUCGGAUUCAUCAUCCAUUCGCUCCAGACGGGGAUCGAUUAUUCAUCAGCCAGAUGGUGAAAGAAGCAACAUCGCGCCAAAUGACCAACAACAAUUGCACACAAACAUUCAUCACCAUUAUCACUACCCUCAUCAUCAUCACCACCACCUUAGCCUGCAAACGUCGGACGUUUCGUGGGACGAAGAUACUUCCAGCACGUCUGGAUAUCGCGAAUCGUAUAGCAUGCAGCUGGUAUCGCUGGAUAGCAGCAACAAUAAUCGAACUGUUCAAGCACCACCCUUGGCAUCACCGGAUUUGAACGAUAUGCCUUCGACCAGUAGUACCACGACGAACGUCAUUGCCUUCGAUGGCAGUUCACCAGACUGUUCCAUCAACGGAAGUGGAGGAGAGAAAACUGCGCUGUUGACCUCCAGUCAAAGAACGACGUCUCAACAUUCACUGUUAAUAGUAUUCCCGAAUCAGGACGAAGACACGUUGAUAUAAAUAAACCAAUGAACACAGUCGGUGUUUUCUGUUACGAGACUGAUUAAGGCAUUAACAAACCUGUAAUUGCUAACGAAUUGGUUUUCAUUUAAACUAGGAAAUGUACAGUGUUUCCUUUUCACGAAUUCGUAACCGGUGUAUCUUGUAUAGAAUACCGUUUCAUUUUGUCAGGCAAUUAAGAAAGAAUGAUGAAGAUUCUGUUAGCAAUUAAAGGUUCGGGCGAAGAUGUAACGUAGCGAAUCCCGAGUGACAAUGUAGAGUGACUGCAACUUAAUAAAACGUUUUAAUAUAGUGUUCACAGUUUUCAUUGUUUUCCGUUGACCGGAAACACCAAUUACAGGUACAUAUGUUCAGAGCCUAGUCACGUGGUCCAUGAAUACUUUGUAAUAUUUAGAGACUAUGAAUAGCGAAAUUACGACCACGUGGGUAAUUAGGCACAAAAUGUUUGUAUGAGACUAUUCCCUGUACAAGUAAAUGCAUUUGAAAUAAAUAUAAUUUAUAAGCAUUA